AUCAGCCAGUCCGCCCAGUGGUGUGCGUACAACCACGAACCACACUCCAAAUGGCCCAACUCAAGCCUCUAGAAGGAGGCUAUUACCUGUGGACAUACCUCCCGUCCAUCCCGGCCGCAGCCAUCUUCGCCGUCCUCUUCGGGCUGGUAACCAGCUACCUCUCCUUCAAGCUCUUCCAAACGCGAGCAUGGUACAAUAUCUCCUUCAGCAUCGGUGGAAUCUUCGAAGUAGUAGGCUACAUAAUCCGAAUCCUAAACUACUUCAACACGGCCUCGGUAGGCCUGUACGCGAUCCAAAGCGUGCUCAUCCUACUGGGUCCCGUCCUCUUCGCAGCAACGGUCUACAUGACGCUCGGCCGAAUCAUCCGCAGCCUGUCCCUGACGACGCCAACACCACCAGGCGACACCAACCACGCAAACAAACCCGCAGCGCUCAUCCCACCGAAAUACCUAACCAAGCUAUUCGUAGCCAGCGAUAUCCUCUCGUUUAUCGUGCAGGGCAGCGGCGUGGGCCUGAUGGUGCGCGCGACGGGCCAGACGACCUCCAAGGCGAUCACGGUGGUCGGGCUGAUGAUCCAGGUCGUCAUGUUCUCGUUCUUCAUCGUCGUGGCGGUUGUGUUUCACCGACGGAGUAUCGGGAAUCGCCAGGCUCAGGCCCAGACCCAAGCCGAGGGUACAAUGCCGCGGCUCGGCCAGUACGGCCGUCCCCUCGAUAAGCUCAUGUAUAUGCUCUAUGCGAUCAGCGCGCUGAUCCUCGUUCGGUCGAUCUUUCGGGUUAUCGAGUAUGCUAUGGGGUUGCAUGGGUAUAUCCUCACCCAUGAGUGGACGUUGUAUGUCUUUGAUAGUGUGUUGAUGUGGUCGGUUAUGGUCAUUUGGGCAGUGGGGUUCCCCGGGAAGUUGGUGGAGGAGAAAGAAGCGUAUGAGGUUGAGAUGGAGGAGGAACGGAUAGUAUAG